AUGGACAAGAACAAAAAGCUCCUCAGCUCAUUAACUCCUCAGCUCAUCAUAAAGACAUAUCAACAGCAGAAAUUUAUCUGUACUGCCAACAUUUCUAUGUACCUGAUUGAAUGGCUUGUCUUUGAAAACCGGUUUUCUUUGAACAACAGUCAAUGUGCACUAUACCUGGUUCUGACGAAAUUACUGCCUUCUCUUACUAGUGAAAUACCGUAA